CACUUUCCACUUUCCUUUAUUCUCUCUCUCACACACAUUUUCUCACCGUCCAAACAACCCUUAAAAAAAGAAAAAGGAAAAGAAUAUGAAGUUCGGGAAGAGCCUUAGCAACCAGAUCGAGGAAACAUUACCUGAAUGGAGAGACAAGUUUCUGUCGUACAAGGAGCUUAAGAAGAGAUUGAAGCUACUAGAGCCAAAAAAAUGCGUCGGUGAUAGGCCUAAUAAACGCCAGAAAUUGGAGGACGCCGGUGAUUGCGCAGACGCUCCUAUGUCAGAGGAAGAGAUUGAUUUUAUUAAAUUGUUGGAAGAUGAGCUUGAGAAAUUCAAUUCUUUCUUUGUUGAGAAAGAGGAAGAGUAUAUCAUCAGACUGAAGGAAUUGCAAGAUAGAGUAGCAAAGGCAAAGGAUUACAAUGAGGAAAUGAUAAAAAUUCGGAAGGAGAUUGUUGAUUUUCAUGGAGAGAUGGUGUUGUUGGAGAAUUAUAGUGCCCUUAACUACACAGGAUUGGUAAAAAUACUCAAGAAGUAUGACAAAAGAACUGGUGCUCUCAUUCGCUUGCCCUUUAUCCAGAAGGUUUUGCAACAGCCCUUCUUCACCACUGACUUGCUUUACAAACUUGUGAAAGAGUGCGAGACUAUGCUUGAUCGCCUCUUCCCUAUAAUUGAUUCAUCAUCUCCAUUUGAAGCAGUGGAUGGAGAUGAAACAUUUGAUCCUUCAACUUCUGCUACCAUCAAGAGUGAUAGUAUGCUCGGAGUCCCCAGAGAACUUGCAGAGAUUGAACAUAUGGAGAGCUUAUAUAUGAAGAGCACCAUAUCAGCGUUGCGAGUAUUGAAGGAGAUCAGGAGCAAAAGCUCUACUGUUAGUGUAUUUUCAUUGCCUCCUUUGCAGAUAAGUGGGGUGGAGGAUACUUGGACAAAGGUUCCUAUUCUGGAACAGGUCGCCAAAUGAUUAGAUUUUGUGAGAAGAAAUAGGACCAGAUGCCACCUUGUUUUGUGUCAUCACUUUCUUUUUUUCUCUUCAUCAUGCAUAUUUUAUGCAUGUCUUGGAUACUAACACAGAUGUAAAAUGUUUAAUUAAAGAUGUAAUGAAAUAUAAGCACACGUUCUAGA